AUGGACCCCAAGGAUCGCAAGAAGAUCCAGUUCUCCGUGCCGGCACCCCCCAGCCAGCUGGACCCCCGCGCCGUCGAGAUGAUCCGCCGGCGGAGGCCCACGCCGGCCAUGCUCUUCCAGCUCUCUGAACACUCUUCCCCAGAGGACGAGUCCCUGCCCUACCAGCGCACCUCCGGUGAGGGCUGCCUGCUUAAACCAAAGAGGACCAACCCGUGUGCCUACACGCCGCCCUCGCUCAAAGCGGUGCAGCGCAUUGUGCAGUCCCACCUGGAGAGUGGCCUGGCCGGGGGUGACAGCUCCGAUGGGGAGGCUGAUGACGGGGAGCACGAACUGGCCCAUGCCUGCGACCCCGACAGUGCCCUCGAACCUGCCCCGGGAAGUCAGGUCAGAGCCGAGCGGAGCUUCUUCCCCGCCGGCCCCAAGGCGCACAAACGGAAAGGCGGGCAGAAGGUGUCCUUCGCCGGCGGCAUAGAGGAGCGUGGGCAGGACCUGAAGUCGCUGACGGUGUCGGAGAUCCCCGAGGACCCCGAGGGACUGGAGGGUGACGAGGAGGAGCUGGGACGGGAGCAGGAGGACGGCGGCACUGGGGAGCGGCGACACGUCGGCUUCGCGGAGGUUCCCUCGCGUCCCAUCGGCACCGAGCGUCACUCGCCCACCUUCCCGCUGGGCACCAGUUAG